GCUGAUCAUAGAAAUUAAUUCAAUGAUAUUUUUAAAAUUCUGCGCUAUUUAAAAAGUCGUAAUUUAAGUUAAACCGUAAAAUAAAGUGAUUUUCAUUAAAAAAUGAGCAGUUGGGAGGAAGAAAAAGACAAAUAUCUCAAACUAGAAGCUGAAGCGAAGCAGAAGAACUUUUUAAGAUUAGAAAAAUUACCAACAUGGAAGCGUUUGUGCGAAUCCGAAAUUUUACCGGAUCUUAUUUUAAUGAAGGAUAACAGUGCUUUAGAUAUAAGCAAAAAUGAGAUAUUAGCAGAAAAAAUUUCAAUAUUCGAAGGAGAUAUAACUCUACUUGCGGUAGAUGCUAUCGUCAAUCCAGCAAAUUCUUCAUUAACAGCAAAUGAAGGUCUUAGUGGAGCCAUUCACAGAACUGCUGGACCAUCUCUUGAAUUGGAAUGUAAUACUUUAGCUCCAUGUAAGACUGGUGAAGCCAAAAUAACCGGAGGAUAUAAAUUACCUUCCCGAUAUGUAAUCCAUACAGUUGGCCCACGAGGAGAGUUCCCUGAAAAAUUGAAAAAGUGCUACAGAGAAAGCUUGGAAUUACUGAUUUCCAAGGGCUUGAAAACUAUUGCCUUUCCCUGCAUUUCGGCAGGAAUAAAUGGAUAUCCCAAUCUUCCUGCAGCACAUGCAGCUAUCUACCAAGUACGUAAAUUUUUGGAGGACAAAAGUGAUAAAAUAGAUAGAGUGAUAUUUUGCUUGUUCUUAGAUAAAGAUAAGAAAAUAUAUAGAGCAUUACUUCAGAGCUAUUUUCCUCUCCACUGAAAUCAUCAUGUUUUCAGUUAUUUAUUGCUUUAGUGAUAAAAUAAUUCGUUGUUCCCGUUUAUUGUUUUCAAUUUAUUUAAAUAUUUACUCAUUUUGACUUUAAUUUAUUGCAAUUGAUGAAUAAAAACUCUAUUCAUCUGGUA